GUGAGUCGAUUUCAAAAUGGCGCUGUCUGAGACGGUGAGGGCUAGAAAAGUGUUUGUUCAUCCCGUAGUGUUAUUUUCGAUUGUGGAUGGUUUUGAAAGACGUUCAGAAGACGCCAAAAGAGUCAUAGGAACACUUCUUGGAACUGUUGACAAGACUUCUGUCGAAAUUCGAAGCUCUUUUGGCGUUCCACACAAUGAAUCCGAAGACGAGGUUGCAGUUGAACUUGAGUAUGCUAAAAGUAUGUUUGAUUUGCACAAGAAAUCACACCCCAAUGAUGAAAUAGUAGGCUGGUAUGCUACAGGCUCAGAUGUCACAGUGCAUUCUUUGCUUAUUCAUGAAUACUAUUCACGAGAGGCAAACAUUCCAGUGCAUGUUACGGUGGACACCACUUUGAAAGGUUCUCGCAUGGGAAUAAGAGCUUAUCAGAGAAUUAAUUUUGUAGUUAACUGGCUGCAGAGAACAAAACAUGCAGCCAAACAGAGCAUUAGUCCACAAACAGACAUGCAACAUGUGAACAGUGCCAGUGAAAGGCUUUUAGAAAUGCUUGGUACUGUGGUGGCUUAUGUGGACGAUGUUUUGGUGAGUGUUUUGGGGCUUUGCUUUUGUACUUUGACGAUGUUAGCGAGGCCUUACAAACAUUUCCGCUUUAUCAACUCCAAGCAAAACCACCACAAGUCUUGUUUUAAAGAUGUACAAUCAACAUUUGACCUAUUCGUUUGCAGCUCCCUAUUUUAUUCAAUGUUGACACACUAUUUUUCAUUCUUAUUUCAGGAUUUGCUAAUGAUUGUGUACCUCUCAGGCCUUUGCAAGGCUCAGAUCUCGCUUGGAGAGAAACUGGCCACUGUAUUAUAGUAUUUUAGAUUUAUGUGUGCAAUAAAUUACAGAAUUAGCCCUCCU